CCCGUGGCAGAUACGCUGUUAACAACACAAGUGACCAUGCUGAUGACCAGGAUGGUGACUCCCGGUUUUCAGAUGUUAUUCUAGCAACCAUUUUGGCAACCAAGUCUGAAAUGUGUGGCCAAAAGUUUGAACUGAAGAUCGAUAAUGUGCGGUUUGUGGGGCACCCAACACUACUGCAGCAUGCCUUGGGGCAGCCGGUGCGGACCCGUCCGUCACCAGCCCCGUCGGCACAGCCUGCCCAGUGCACUGCCACUGUGCUUCUUCCGCAGGCCGGUGCGGACCCGUCCGUCAUCAGCUGUCUGCACAGCCUGUCGAGGCGCAUUGCCACUGUGCUGCAGCAUGAGGAGCGCCGCUGCCAGUACCUCACGCGGGAGGCCAAGUUGAUCCUGGCACUCCAGGACGAGGUGUCCACGAUGGCGGAGGGAGGUGAAGGGCCUCAGUCUCCGUUCCAUCACAUCCUGCCCAAGUGCAAGCUGGCCAGGGACCUCAAGGAAGCUUAUGACAGCCUGUGCACGUCCGGUGUGGUGCGGCUCCACAUCAACAGCUGGCUGGAGGUGAGCUUCUGCUUGCCCCACAAGAUCCACUACACAGCCUCCAGCCUGAUUCCCCCCGAGGCCAUUGAGCGGAGCCUGAAAGCCAUCCGCCCGUACCAUGCCUUGCUGCUCCUCAGUGAUGAGAAGUCCCUGCUGGCCGAGCUCCCUGUUGACUGCUCCCCGGCACUGGUGCGUGUGAUCAAGACCACGUCUCCUGUGAAGAACCUGCAGCAGCUCUCACAGGACGCUGAUCUGGCCUUGCUGCAGGUCUUCCAGCUUGCAGCUCACCUGGUGUACUGGGGCAAGGCUGUCAUCAUCUACCCACUGUGCGAGAACAACGUCUAUGUCCUGUCUCCCAAUGCCAGCGUUUGUCUGUACUCACCACUGGCUGAGCAGUUCGCCCACCAGUUUCCAUCCCAUGACCUGCCAUCUGUUCUGGCCAAGUUUUCCUUGCCAGUCUCCUUGUCAGAGUUCAGGAGUCCUCUGGCCCCGCCAGCACAGGAGACCCAGCUCAUCCAGAUGGUGGUGUGGAUGCUGCAGCGCCGGCUCCUCAUCCAGCUGCACACCUACGUCUGCCUGAUGGCCUCGCCCAGCGAGGAGGAGGCCCGCCUGCGAGAGGAGGACGUGCCCUUCCCCGCCAGAGUUGGCGGCCGCAGCCUCAGCACACCCAAUGCCCUGAGCUUCGGCUCCCCAACCAGCAGUGAUGACAUGACUCUCACCAGUCCCAGCAUGGACAACUCCAGUGCAGAGCUGCUCCCCAGUGGGGACUCCCCACUGAACAAGAGAAUGACGGAGAACCUGCUGGCCAGUCUGUCAGAGCAUGAACGGGCAGCCAUCCUCAGUGUGCCCGCAGCCCAGAACCCCGAGGACCUCCGCAUGUUUGCCAGGCUCCUUCACUACUUCCGAGGCCGCCACCACCUGGAAGAGAUCAUGUACAACGAGAACACACGGCGCUCCCAGUUGCUUAUGCUCUUUGACAAGUUCCGUAGCGUCCUGGUGGUCACCACCCACGAGGACCCAGUCAUUGCUGUCUUCCAGGCACUGCUCACUUGAGACCAGGCAGGGCAGGGGCUGCACACACAUGUCAUGAACUGGCACCUCCAUUCGGGGUUCUCUCAUUGUGGGACCCUGAACCUGCUUCUCUAAGGCCUGGCGUUGAGGACAGCCAUCCCUGGCUCUGCUCACUGAAGUCCUCCAGACCCCGGUGUGUCUGCUUCCUUGCUGUGGGCUCCAGUCAGGGUCAGCAGUACUCUUCCAGUCCUUGGGCAUCACUGAGUUGAAUUGGAGGGACACACAGAGGCUGUGCCUUUCUAACCUUGGCUGUCUUUGCUGUCUUUUCACCAUCUACCCUGGAGAAUGGGAGGAAACAUUUGCCCAUCCUUGCCCAUCGGACAGCCGUGGCAGCAUAUUAGGUCUGAGCACCAGGCCGACCCAAAGCCAACACCACCUCCGUUCACCACGCUCUCCCUUUCUCCCAUCCCACCAUCAGUCUUUCUUGCCUAGUAUUACCACAGCACUACAUAAACCACCAGCAGGCUCGCCGAGCUACCUCCCUGUCCUGAUCAUCUGAAGGACAAGGGCAUGGGCUGGCCCAAGUGAGCUUGAGUAGCCCUGUCACUCAAGGUCAGCCUGUGGCGGGGUAGCCUGACUGGCAGCACAGAACCCUGGACCUGGGUGUGUGCGUGUGCACACUGGGGGUCCUGUCCUGUCCUGCAAGCACUGGCUGAAGAUACGCUCAUCUGUCAGCAGGGGCCUAUCUGAAAUGUAGGCAAACGUUCCCUAGAAGCAAAUAUUUAUUUGACAUUUAAACAAUUAAAAAAUCUUGUCUGAGUAGG